GUGACUACUUCGAUCAGCUGACUUGUGGGGACCCUAGAUACCACUAUUCGUAAAAUCAUAAUGUUCCAUUCUCAGAACCGUACAGUAAUUCGAUCCAUUGACCAACUUGGGAGUGAACUAUUUUUCCCUUCGCUCCAGGUUAUUUUUUUAUCAUCGUGAGGGUGACAAGGGAAUUUUUUAAUCCGCGUAAUUUUUCGACGCUCGUGGGAUUAUUUUGAGGAGUAAUAAUGCAAAAUCCAGACGAAGAUACCGAGUGGAAUGACAUCCUCAGGUCGAAGGGAAUUAUCCCGGAGAAGGCGAAGGAGAAGGAAGUAACAGAGGAUCAGAUUGUUGACCUCCUGGAGAGCACGAUAGACAAAAAAACUGGGAGAGGGGGCAAUAAUUUAGAAGAUAAAGACCUCGACGAGCUCGAUGAACUGGAGGAUGAGGAGGACGAGCGAGUCCUCCUGGAGUACCGGAAGAAGAGGAUAGCAGAGAUGCAGGCGCUGGCCGAUAAAUCAAAAUACGGAGAUGUGAGGGAAAUAUCUGCCUCUGAUUACGUACAAGAAGUUAAUAAUGCGGGUGAAGAUCUAUGGGUUAUUCUGCAUCUUUACAAGCCCGGGAUUCCCCUCUGCACGUUAAUUAAUCAGUACGUAUCGAGCCUCGCGAGGAAAUUUCCUACGACAAAAUUCUUGAAGAGUGUUUCAACGACGUGCAUUCCAAAUUGGCCAGACAAGAAUCUACCGACAUUAUUUAUUUAUCGUAAUGGCAGUAUGGUGAAGCAGAUUAUUGGCCCCAUCGAGCUUCGCGGGAUGAAACUCACUGAAGCUGAAUUGGAGUGGAUGCUGGGUCAGGUUGAAGCGGUCCCUACAAAAAUCAAAGAGGAUCCCAAGCCAAAAGUGAGGGACGUUCUGUUCUCCAAUCUCAAAGGUACCAACAAUGCUGGUGACCUUGGUGACAGCAAUGACUGGUGACAUACCUCGUUUGAAUGAGAGGUGUUAACUCCAUGUGAGUGGACGUUUGUUUUUCUAACACGUGGAAUAAUUUUUUUAUUGAAUAAAGUACCCAUGAUUAAUA